CUGAAGUAGGGGUUAUUCGAAAUGCGACCCUUGAAGUCAACAAUAGCAGACAGUAAAUGUGGCGAUGCGGUGAUGUGGGAAUUUGGUCACUUAUUUAAGCUUCUUUUUGGGAAAUCCCACAUUGAGGUUCCGCGCUAGUGCGAUCAGGGACGAAAAAAUAGAGCUGCAAAAUAUUUGCCCUUCCCGAACCAACUCCAUCGCAACUUUCAUCGCUUUCGGCCUCAUCGGCCUGUCAACCACUCUAAUCGGUCUAUUUCGUGCGUGGGUUGGAAGUCAUUUCUAUUUCAAUUAUUUUUUUUAAUCGAUUAUACCCCUGCGAUGGCCGAUUUUCUCCUCUUCGAGGGCCCAAUGGGCUACUCGAUUUUCAAGGUUGUCCACCAGGCCGAUACUGUGGGAAAUCAACUGAAGGAAGUGCAAGAGAACCUACAGGACCUUGCGAAAUUCGGGAAGAUGGUUGAAUUGACGAGUUUCUUGCCCUUUGAAAACAACAAACAGGCCCUUGGCGAAAUCAACGACAUUUCGGAAGGUGUUGCCUCAGAGACACUCGUUUCGUUCUUGGACUUGAACUUGCCGAAACCGAAUAAGAAAAAGAAGGUUGUGCUGGGUCUGUCUGAUAAAGCCCUCGCUGGAAGCAUCAAGGCGGCGUUCCCGUUUGUGGAGUGCGAAACUGGAGACACUAGUGAUGUUGUUCAGGAUAUGCUACGAGGUAUUCGACUACAUGCGGGCAAACUUCUUAAGCAGCUCCGUGAAGGCGAUCUAAACACUGCCCAGCUUGGUCUCGGUCACGCGUAUUCAAGAGCCAAGGUCAAGUUCUCAGUACAGCGCGAUGACAACCAUAUCAUCCAGGCAAUCGCGAUUCUUGACCAGCUCGAUAAAGCAAUCAAUACCUUCUCUAUGAGGGUCAGGGAAUGGUAUUCGUGGCAUUUCCCCGAGCUCAUCAAAAUUGUAUCGGACAAUCAGCGCUACGCCCGUGUCGCGCUUUUUGUCCAGAAUAAGAAGGAUCUGACGGAGGAAAAGCUACACGAUUUGGCUGCCAUUGUGGAUGAUGAUGAAGGUAUUGCCAGGAGUGUUAUUGAUGCGGCCAAGCACAGUAUGGGUCAAGAUAUCUCACCAACUGACAUGGAAAAUGUACUUGCUUUUGCUAAGCGUGUUGUGAGCUUGUCGACUUAUCGCAAAAACCUGCACGCCUAUUUGGUAUCAAAGAUGAGCGUCGUUGCGCCAAACUUGGCAGCGCUGAUUGGCGAAGUUGUCGGUGCGCGGUUGAUUUCGCAUGCGGGUAGUUUGACCAACCUCUCUAAAUACCCAGCCUCCACCGUCCAGAUUCUCGGUGCGGAGAAAGCUCUUUUCAGAGCUUUAAAGACCAAGGGAAAUACCCCCAAGUACGGAUUACUUUACCAUUCGUCUUUCAUUGGCCGCGCCGGUCCCAAGAACAAAGGCAGAAUCUCCAGAUUCUUGGCCAACAAGUGCUCCAUCGCAUCGAGGAUUGAUAACUUCUCCGAAACACCGUCCACCAAGUUUGGCAACGCCCUUAGGCAGCAGGUCGAGGAAAGACUGGAAUUUUACGCCACUGGAGCUGCACCAACUAAGAAUGAAGUUGCAAUGAAAAUGCCAUGGACUCUGUUUUAGCGGACAUCGAAGUGGAUGGCGCAGAUAGUGAUGUAGAGAUGAAGGAUUCAAGUGAGGUGGUCGAGAAGAAGAGCAAGAAGGAGAAGAAGGAAAAGAAGGAAAACAAAGACAAGAAGGAAAAGAAAGAGAAGAAGUCUCGAAAGUCCGAUGUCGGCGAAGCAGAGGAGACCCCGAAAAAGAAGAGAAAGCGGGAUAGCGAAAUAGGAUCGUCCAAGAAGAAGUCGAAAGCGUGAUUAUGUGUAUUCCAUUGUCAACUGGGUGUAUUUUGCUGCAUUGGGGCGUUGUAAACGGAUGUUCGAUAUGUGCUAUUUUGUCUCUUGUUUUCUAUGGUCUUGAAAAGGGUUUCGCAUUUUGUCAAAUAUAUUUAGUCCGGUGUUUUGUUAAUUUUGAAUUUGAUUCUUUUAACUAGUUAUUGAAGAAUAGUAUCCAUUUUCGAGUUCUUUAUUUGUGUGGACAAGUGACGAAGAAUGCAG